CGCGCGCGUCCAGAGUGUUGAGAACCUCCGAGCGGGUUUGGGCGGUUGCUUGACGUCCGGCCGCGUCUGAGGAAGCCGGACUCUGGGCCUCUGCGGCCGGGCGGGGAGUUUUUCGGGUGGCGCAGAAGCGCCCGAGGUCUGCAAGACACAGAAAUGGAGCAAGAGCCACAAAAUGGAGAACCUGCUGAAAUUAAGAUCAUCAAGGAAGCACACAAAAAAGCCUUUUUAUUUGUUAAUAAAGGACUGAAUACAGAUGAAUUAGGUCAGAAGGAAGAAGCAAAGAACUACUAUAAGCAAGGAAUAGGACACCUGCUCAGAGGAAUCAGCAUUUCAUCAACAGACCCUGAGCACACAGGUCCUGGGUGGGAAUCUGCUAGACAGAUGCAGCAGAAAAUGAAAGAAACACUUCAGAAUGUACGUACCAGGUUGGAAAUUCUAGAGAAGGGUCUAGCCACUUCUCUACGGAAUGAUCUUCAGGAGGUGCCCAAGUUAUAUCCAGAAUUUCCACCUAAAGAUAUAUCUGAAAAGUCACUGGCACCUCAGUCAUUUAGUUCACCUCCUCAGCAUACUGAGGUAAAUGGAAACACUUCAACUACAAGUACAGGGUCGGUUCCUGCACCUAGUUCCCUGUCCUUACCAUCUCAAAGUCAUCCAGCAGAAGCACCUCCUGCUUAUACUCCUCAAGCUGCUGAGGGUCACUACACUGUAUCAUAUGGAACAGAAUCUGGGGAAUUUUCAUCAGUUGGAGAAGACUUUUACAGAAAUCAUUCUCAGCCACCACCUCUUGAGAACUUAGGGCUAGAUGCAGAUGAGUUGAUUUUGAUACCAAAUGGAGUACAGAUAUUUUUUGUAAAUCCUGCAGGGGAGGUUAGUGCACCUUCAUAUCCUGGGUAUCUUCGAAUUGUGAGAUUCUUGGAUAAUUCUCUUGAUACAGUUCUAAACCGUCCUCCUGGGUUUCUUCAGGUUUGUGACUGGUUGUAUCCUCUAGUUCCUGAUAGAUCUCCAGUUCUUAAGUGUACUGUGGGAGCCUACAUGUUUCCUGAUACAAUGUUACAAGCAUCAGGAUGCUUUGUUGGGGUCGUCUUGUCUUCUGAAUUACCAGAAGAUGAUAGAGAACUCUUCGAGGAUCUGUUAAGACAAAUGUCUGACCUUCGGCUCCAGGCGAACUGGAACCGGGCUGAAGGAGAAAAUGAAUUCCAAAUCCCUGGUAGAGCAAGAUGCCCCUCUGACCAACUAAAGGAAGCCACUGGCUCUGAUGUGAGACAGUUGGGUCCUUCAGUGGACCAAGACAGUAAAGAUGUACGUCAUAAAGGAAAACGGGGUAAAAAGGCUAAAGGUACUUCAAGUGAAGAAGUUAAUCUGAGUCAUAUGGUACCCUAUGAGCCAGUUGCAGAAGAAAAAGCAAAGGAAUUACCUGAAUGGAGUGAGAAAGUGGCUCAAAACAUUUUGUCAGGUGCUUCCUGGGUAAGUUGGAGUUUAGUCAAAGGUGCUGAAUUUACUGGCAAAGCAAUCCAGAAAGGUGCCUCUAAACUCCGAGAACGGAUUCAACCAGAGGAAAAACCAGUGGAAGUUAGUCCAGCUGUGACCAGGGGACUUCAUAUAGCAAAGCAGGCUACAGGAGGAGCAGCGAAAGUCAGUCAGUUCCUGGUUGAUGGAGUUUGCACUGUAGCAAAUUGUGUUGGAAAGGAACUAGCUCCACAUGUCAAGAAGCAUGGAAGCAAACUUGUUCCAGAAUCUCUUAAAAAAGACAGAAAUGGGAAGUCUCCCCUGGAUGGCGCUAUGGUUGUAGCAGCAAGUAGUGUUCAAGGAUUUUCAACUGUCUGGCAGGGAUUGGAAUGUGCUGCUAAAUGCAUUGUUAACAAUGUUUCAGCAGAAACUGUACAAACUGUCAGAUACAAAUAUGGACAUACUGCAGGAGAAGCUACACACGAUGCAGUAGAUUCUGCCAUCAAUGUUGGUGUAACUGCCUAUAAUAUUGACAACAUUGGCAUCAAAGCAAUGGUAAAGAAAACUGCUAAGCAAACUGGACAGACAAUCCUUGAAGACUAUAAAAUAGCUGAUAAUUCAAAGGGGGAAAACCAAAGAGGGGGAGCAAAUGUAAACAUGAAAGGGGAGAAGGAUGAGCAGACAGAGGAACUAGAGAAGAAUGAAGCAAAGAAGAAAGAUAAAUGAUGGAUGGGCUGUGAAUCACCAAUACCAAAGCCUUACAAGACAGAUACAAUUGUGUUAAUACGCAAAUGUGGAAUUCCCCACGGAUUAACUAGUAUUUUUUAAAUGUACUCAUUUCUACAAAGUGCAUGUUUAAUAAGUUUUAUGACGUAUUCUACUUAUGAGGAGAAUAAUUGGUAUUCUUUCAUCUGGCUCUUUAUAUUCUCAGUAAGUGUAUUUUUUUCUAAAUGUGGCUAACAUUUUUCCAGUUAAAACAAGACUAAUAAUACAUUUGCCCUCAUUAAACCUAAUGUUAAACUAUUUUUGUAUUUGCUAUCUUUCAGAAAGCAAAGUAGGAAAUUAUUAUAUAUUUACAUGAAAUUUGGCAUUUAGUAACCUUAGUUUUAAUUGUACUGGGAAGGAAUGACGUAAAAUAUUGUUUCUUCCUUUUGUACUAAUUGUGUAUUUUUUUUAGGUGCUUGUCAGUAUUUCCAGUAUAUAAGCUAAACAAAAAGUAUAUUCCUAAACUAAAAUAUUUCUCAGAUAACAUUUAAAAGACUUUCUCAAAACAGGGAAUAGACUAAUCAUGAAAAAUAAAAUGAGGCUCUAUAAAAUUAUUUAGUAGCUUACCUUUUCAUUAGGAAAUGAGAUGCUCUUUUAGACUUAAAAUGAAUACGGAUAGAUUAUUAAGUCUUCUGGAUUUAGACUGGUGUUGAUCUAUUAGGAGCCUGGGAAAUUUGGGGGUAUGAUUGGUAUUGCAUUAAAAUUUGAAGUGAUUAAUAAUCAGCUUAACUGGACAAAAAAGUACUUUAAGAGAUCAUUUUGCCAUAUCUACUUCUGUAAGUUUUUCCAAAAGGCUACACUUUUGUGAAAACAAAUAUAAACAGUAGUGAGUUUAUGGAUGAUAACUUUAUUUUUAUUUUGGAAUUCAUUGAAUUUUAUAUAUUAAAAAGCCAAUAAAUUAUUAAAGGUUUUAUUCAUAAUUAAAGUAAAGAAUGUGAAGAUGUUAGGCUUAAUCCAUGGUCAGUGGGCAUCAGUUUCUCCUUUGGUAGAAGACAGGAUAUUCACAGACCUAUAAACUAAUGGCAUUUUAUUUUUGUUUAAUGAUUUUAAAAGAUUGCUAUUGGUUUUUAUAGCUAUCAUCAGUUCUAGUAUUUUUUGAACCUCUAAUGUCUGUCUAGUUUAUUAGACCUUAUUUGAAACUGUAAAUAAUGCACUUUGUGAAUAAACUGUCUCUGAAUUACUUGGCCUCAAAA